UACUGACUUCUGUUUAUUAAAUACAAGUUGGAAAGCAGGUUCAUUUAUCCAAGGAAGAACUAAUCAUGCAACCUCUGGAUUCAGAGAGAGCCUUAAUUAAGGUCACCCACUGUGACAAAGACAUUUUUGGCUCCUUUGUUCCAGAGAACUGCCCACUAUGUGGGCAAAGGCUGAUUUACAGAAGUCUGGAAGAAGCACCUGUCAGUAUUCCAAGCCCAUUUGUUAAUGGACACGGAGAAAAAUGUUCUUUUUUACUGAAGCCCACUAUAGGAACAUUUCUAAGAGAUUAUGAUGGAGAUUCUGACCUUCAUGUUGGAAUAACCAAUACCAAUGGUUUGGUUUAUAAUUACAAUGAAACUGGCAUUACCAUUGCUGAAUAUGGAUGGGAACAAUGUGUAAGCAUUCCACUUGUGCAGCCUGAUAUGUAUGCCCUCCUUAAUCAAUGGGAUACUUAUCUAGAACAAUUUUCAACAACAGAUAUUUGGCUUCCACACAGGUAUGGCAUUCAAAAUGGUAUUUGUGACUCCAUCUAA